AUGUCUAAGAAGAAGAAUCACACGAAUCAUAAUCAGAACAGGAAGGACCACAGGAAUGGAAUAAAGAAGGCAAGGAUGCCACGAUUCUGUGAGUUUGAAGGACUUCACCCGAGUACGGUGAUGAGGAUGGAGGAAGCAGCAAGGUUGUGGAAUGAGGCUGUUUUUAGGAAGUGA